AUGUCUUGCAGCCGGUGUCUUCUCAGGCCACACCUGGCCCUGUCAAGACCCCUCCACCACCUCGCCCGCCCCUCCCUCGCCGCCAGCCGACAGCUCUCCUCAACCUCAACCUCGUAUGCGACGACCCAGACAUCCUCCCCGACAACCCCUCCCAAGCUCAAGCCAUUGACCCAAGAGCAGCGCGACUUUCUCUCUUCUGCCCUGCGCGUCAACCAAGCCGGCGAGCUCGCCGCCACCCUCAUCUACACAGCCCAGACACCCCCCAUCGUCACCCGCCACCCCCACCUCCGGCCCCUCAUGAAGCACAUGUACGACCAAGAGGCCGGCCACCUCCAAACCUUCAACGCCCUGCUCGCCAAGCACCGCGUCCGCCCGACAGCCCUCUACCCGCUCUGGCAGGUCCUCGCCACGGGCCUCGGCUGGGGCACCGCCGUGCUCGGCCGCGAGGCCGCCAUGGCCUGCACCGAGGCCGUCGAGACGGAGAUCGGCGACCACUACAACGCCCAGAUCCGCGUCCUGCUCGAGAUGGUCGCCCGCUGGCGCGACGACGGUUAUGACGUCGGCCCCGAGCUCACCGACCUCAUCGCCACGCUGCGCAGGAUACGCGACGAGGAGCUCGAGCACCUCGACCAUGCUGUCGAGCACGACGCCAAAAAGGCGGAACCCCACUGGCUGCUGACUGGCGUCAUUCGCGCCGGCUGCAAGGGCGCCAUCUGGGUGAGCGAGAAGGUCUGA